AGCGUCGAGACGAGGAACUGCCGUAAUGAGCAGAGGGUGGGGGUGCAAUUCUGGAAGAUUCUGCCGGAAUAUUACGAGUGGACCCCAUUUCAUUCGUUUAUUGAGGGGACUGUUACUCCGAGCUGGGCGCUAGCUAAGCCUUCCCCGUCAACGCCAAAUCAACGUAGUGAGAGCCGAUGACUGGAUCAGAGUGACGUCCGCUGCUCGCUUCGAAGAUGUCAAAGCGGCCGUCCUACGCCCCUCCCCCUCCCCCCGCCCCCGCCACUCAAAUGCCCAACACUACCGGUUUUGUGGGGUACAACCCUUACAGCCAUCUGGCCUACAACAACUACAGACUGGGAGGGAGCCAGAGCAGCAACAGUCGGGUAACGAAUUCAUCUGGAAUAAAUAUCCCAAAGCCACCCAAGCCUCCCGAUAAGCCGUUGAUGCCAUACAUGAGAUAUAGUCGUAAGGUUUGGGAUCAAGUAAAAGCCUCCAAUCCUGAUCUGAAGCUAUGGGAAAUUGGGAAGAUAAUCGGUGGCAUGUGGAGGGACCUCACUGAUGAGGAGAAACAGGAUUAUUUGAAUGACUACGAAGCAGAGAAGAUUGAGUAUAAUGAGAGCAUGAAGGCCUAUCACAACUCACCAGCCUACCUGGCCUAUGUCAAUGCCAAAAGCCGUGCCGAGGCGGCUCUAGAGGAGGAGAGUCGCCAGAGGCAGUCCAGACUGGACAAGGGCGAGCCGUACAUGAGCAUUCAGCCAGCGGAGGAUCCAGAUGAUUAUGACGACGGCUUUUCCAUAAAGCACUCGGCCGCAGCCCGUUUCCAGCGCAACCACCGUCUGAUCAGCGAGAUUCUCAGCGAGAGCGUGGUCCCAGAUGUGCGCUCGGUCGUUACCACUGCCCGCAUGCAGGUCCUCAAGCGCCAGGUCCAGUCUCUGAUGGUUCACCAGAGAAAGCUGGAGGCGGAAUUGCUCCAGAUUGAAGACCGCCACCAGGACAAGAAGAGAAAAUUCAUCGAAGCCACAGAAUCAUUCACAAAUGAGCUCAAAAGGCUGUGUUGCAUGAAAGUGGAAGUGGACAUGGAGAAGAUUUCUGCCGAGAUCGCCGCAGCAGAAGAGGCGGCGCGCAAACGCAUGGCCGAGCGUGAGAAGGACAUCGGAGAGCGCGGCGCCAAGGAAGGCCCCACUUGCGUCUUAGCAGAAGAGGAAAAGCACAUUUGUGCAACACAUGGCAACAAGUCCCAGCAGAACUCGCUCAGUGACGGUAGCAGCAAGGAAGGUGACGGCGCCGAUACCUCCGCAGAUGCGCCAGGGAAGCCCAAGGCGUCAGAGGAGCUUGAGGCUCAUCCAGGCAGUGAGGAGGGAGCAUCAGAAGACAAGGAGAGCGUCCCAGAAGGAGCCAUGGAGGAGGGAACCAGUGACAGUAACACCGGCUCGGAGACCACCUCUGCUCAGACAGAAGACGCCCAGACGAAUGAGCCAUCGGAGGGGCCCAGCAGGGCCCGAGCCGCCCGCUGAGCCCGCCUCACCGGCUACCAAGCGUAUGUCUGCUAGCCAUCCUUAAUACCAUGUAUUGCACAGUGUCAUUUCAGUUCGUCAAAGCAUAUGAAUUGUUCAGAUGGCCUGAGGUAGGGAUGCCAGACGUGCUCUGAAAGAAGAACCAGUAGAAACAAAUGAGAAAUGCACUUAAAGCCAAUGAAACUACGACCCUGGCUAAAAUCAAUAGCUGCCACGAAGGCUCAUGUGAACGCACUAUAUUCCUCCACAGGCCGUCUUCAGCACAUAUUAAUACAUAUCUCUAGCACUAUGUCUGGCAGAUCCCAGCUUCUUGCAAACUACGACUGGCUGUCACGUGAAACAUUGUUUAGUGGUAAAUUUAUUUGUGUUGUAGUGUCAUUGUUGCUUUUAUUAUUACUUUUGCAUGUUGCAAUUAAAAAAACAAACAGAUAUUUAGCAUUUUGACAAGUGGAGUUGACUGACCAUCUCCUUGGCAGGAGAGUAUUUGUUUACUCUGUAUCAGUAUUACAGUGACAGUAUUGUCUCAGGAGUUUGUAGUCAUUAGUAGCUAGUAGCUAAUUUUGUUAUUUAUUACCAGCAUUUUUAUUCCACUUGUUGUCCAUUCGUGAGUAUACCCCGCAAUCAUCAGUGGCGUGCAACGCUCGACUACCAGUGUUCUCAAGUUUGCUAGCUGUUAAUCAAAUCAAAGGCAGUACGCUUAGAACAUGUCUGUGUCGUGGUCAGUAGCGCAGUUUUCAGCAGAGCCUUUUUAAAUGUACCGUAUUUGUGUAGGCGGUGUGAUGAGGUUUGGUCAGAAAAGAGCCGUCGUAAACAUGCAGUCUUAAAAUGAAUUUCAUUUUGCAUAUUUAUACCAAUAAACUUUUCUACUCGA